UCUGGGCCCCGUCCUCGGCACGGGACUGGGGGUGAGAAACGUGUGCCGAGUGGCGCAAAUAAACCCGAGUAGACCUGCUUUACCAUUUCCCCCAGAAAAUCAGGAGUUAAUGCUUUGAGGGGAUUUUUGUCUGGAGUUUUCCCGGGGCUCAUUUGCUCGUGGUUUUUAAGAAAACAAUGUCACAGAAUUUCUAGAGAUGGGAAGUCCUUGAUCCUUCUCAUUGGCUUGACAGAUGUCUGUUGACUCUCCGUGAUGUUGCUAGUGCUGUUUUAGGUGCUGGAGAAGCAGCCACAGAAAAACCCCCUGCCCUCGGGACGCUCACAUUCUAGACACGAUAUUCUUCUCCCCCAUAAUCUCCUGCUCACCAUUCGCCUCUCUAGUCCUUUUCCCUAAAGGCAAUGAGCCGUCUAAACCGUGUCCACCAAAUAAGCAGAAAUGCCCAGGGUGGCCUGCUUCAGUCCCUGCCAUUACGUGAGAAGUUUUUUAGGAGACUAGAUGUCAGAGGGAGGCAGUGACCUGGGAGCACAGAGGCAGGUGGCGGGGCAGGGAAGGUUUGUCACCUCCUGGAGCACAGUGGCAGCCAAAGAUGGCCUCGGGAGGUCGUCGUGAUGUCUGGUUCUGAGCGGGGAGGCAGCACAGCAGACUGGCCCAGUCUGCUUCUGCCUGAGCCAGGUCUUUCAGGGGAAGGACACGGAGUUUAUCUAAAGUGCUGUGAAUUCCCACAGCCUCGGGCAGACCCAUAUUCCAACGUAAGCACAAAAACAAAUUCUAAAGCCAAGUAAAUGACUGGUGAUGAGCCACAGGUAUGUAUUAUCACGACCAUUGCUUUUCCCGGAGAAUUCUCCCUGCGAGGGGAGGGGAUCCACCCCACAGGCGUGAUGUUCCGUCAGCUUUUCAGCAACCGCUUUCGGUGCCUGGAACUGAAACGGGGCCUGGCAGAUAGGUCAGUUUGCACAGUCCAGAAGGGCACACUUCCCUGCAGGAAGGGGGUGUGCUGUGGACGAGGGGGGGCCCUCUGGCCUUGCCGUCCUGAGGGUCAGCUUUUCAGCAACCAGAGCCAUGAUUGUAAAGGGAGAUCUUUGUGUGGACAGGAAGGCAAUAGUUUUUGGAUGAGCUGACGUGAUGAUUGAAGUCCUUUUGGCUUUCCUGGCGUCUGGGUGGAAAGAGAACAGGUGUGUGCCUUUGCCAAAAAUGACAGCCCACGAGGACUGUGGAUGCCCCGGGAACAGAGUCCUUCUGUGCCGGCCCUGAAUUCCUCAGAGGCUGGGAGGUCUGCGGGUGAAAGCCUUGGGGGGGCGGGUGCAGAUCUCUCCAAGACCUGGUUUCUAAGCAGUUGGUGGGAACAAGCGUUGAGAAAUGUUUCUACCUCUGCCCAGCCAUAUUCGCCCACGAGGACUACAUACCGUGACUUCUGUUUCGGAACAGUAUCCCCCACUGCUGGCCAACUGAGGGGUCGUGGGCACACAGAGGCUUUCCUGACGAGGCCUUCUGGCUUCGUCCAGAGUGUCUCUGGCCUUGCCCUUUGUCCACCUCUCUCUGAGUGACAUCGUAUGUGGUUCCCUGUUUCUUCCCGAGGAAUGUGUGUGUGUGUGUGUGUGUGUGUGUGUGUAUGCACACGUGUGCCUGUGCGAGAGUGCAGGCGUGUUUAACCCUCUUUCGUGAGAGCAGGCAGGGCUCUUGCAAAGGCUUUCUCAGUGAGUGUAGAACAUUUGGAGAAACUCCACAUUCAGGGCGGGCUGUAGACGGGCCGGGCCGGUGGGAGCCCUGAAGGCUUGCCGGGGGACCAGGGCAGGGGUGUCGCGGGCAGCCUGGGCCCCCGGCCAGACCAGGAGGGAGAAAGAACCUGGCGAUGGGACAUUUUUUCUCCCAAACAGCCUGCAUGCGGCUGCAUUCGAGAUGGCUCAAAGUGACCCGGAGUCGGCAGUCCGCACUGGGGCACCCGGGGGGUGCGGGUCCCGUCCGCCCGCCGGUGGAAGUCCCCGGCACGCUGCUGGGUGCAGGACAGGGCGUUUCUGCCACUCGGUGCCGUUCGAGCGUGGAUGUGGCAGGCAGCCUCGGAAUCAAGCUGACACGCGUCCCACGGCAUGACAACGGCAGCGUGAGGUUCUCAGGAAGGGCUGAGUGUGUGCAUGAGGUCACUGAGCUCUGUUACCGUCUGACCAGCCUCAGCCUGCGUCCCGGUGACACACAUCUGCUGACUGGACGGAUCGGGGCCUCGCGCUGUAGGCUGACUGGUGGGCCAUGCUUGAAAGACUCCUGGCGUGUGCCCCUGCCUGCAUUUUUUCACUCUUGACCGAACACAUAUGCUCUGCACAAUCAGGACAGUGUUAGCAUGCGGGGCCGAGGCGGCUUCCUACACAUCUGGCCGGGGCGGGCUGAAUCACUUCCCCCCCGGGAGGGUGGCUCCCAGCUCCGUGACAUCUGGAGAGUGGCAGGAAGUGUCUGGAUUCAUCCCAGGAUGAUUUUUAUCUCCACAUGCUUUUCCAAUUUCAUCAGGGCCUCCGUGCUACAUUCCAAGUGACAUGUCCACAUUCGCCACGGACAAGAAUGACAGAUGGGGAAAAAUCAUCUUUGACCCUUGAAAGUCGGUCAUGUUUUAUGAGUCCUUGACCUGAGCGAGUUCAUUUGUGAAAGGCGUUAAACGGCAGAGCUGACAGAGGGAUGGCAACUCUGUGCAAAGCGGGGACGGUUCUGGAAGGAGAUUCAGACAUUCCACACGAGAAGCUAGCGCGGUCCGUUCGCUCUGUGGCGUCUACGGAGACCUGCUGAAGGAACGGAACCUGCCGAUGUGCAGAAGGGCCGAACCUCCUGGGAAGGGCUGUGUCCCAGCCACCCCACCGAGGCUGGCCGCCAUCAGGGCCCGGUCGGGGCCUCGGCGUAGUAAGGGAAGUACUUACUAAUAACGGGUGGGGAUGAGCUGGGAGGAAAACGUGAUAGGACUCGUUCAGCCUUGUCCAGGCCACACCCAGUUUAGUCAACGACUUCUGAACCCGGAGAGGGUAAAGGAACACAGUGGAGCUUGGACCGAGGGCUUUGAAAUAAAAAUGUCAACGCGCUCCUGUGAGUGUGGCCCAAUCCCGUUCUCUUCCAGAAGAGAAAUGCCCCACGUGGCCAGGCUGGUCCUGAAAAGGAGCCCCAUCCUGCAGACACCUGACUGUUCUACUGAAGGAACAGCCUGCCGGCCUGAUCUGCUUCCUCCCCUUGAAACAGAGGAACCGGGACUGGCUGACCCGCUAGAGCUGUGUCAGCAGGAAUCAGAGGGAAUCCGUUUUCUGCCAGGAUGGAAUUGAACCUCCGCAGGCAUGCGCUGCGGCGGCAUUUAAAAAUACGUUUUCUAGGCGCCUGAAAUGUAAACGCAGGUAAAAUAAAUAAAAGCCAAUUAACAAUAGCAUCUGGGGAGACACCGCUUGGGGAAAAAGAGAGGGGAACGUAGGGGAAAUCCUUGGGAAGUACACAGCCGAUGGCUUCCUGAGGCCCGGCUUUGACAUCUUCUGAGAACCUUCCGCGGCCUCGCAGGCAAUGUUAGCACAGGUGGGGUUUGCAAACCCGUAUCCCAUGGGCCAAAUCCGGCCCACAGCUGUGUUUCGUUGGCUUCAGUGGCGUGUUUGUUUUCUAAAAGUGGAAAAUCUGCAAACAGGACGUGUGCUUUCCAGUUUACCGCGGUCCUCACUACUCCCAAUUGUCUUACACAGGCUUGUCACCUGGCCUGCCAGGCCUCUGUGGCCAUGAUGCCCUGGACUCCAGUUCUCCACCUUGGCUGCCCGUUGGAAUAAUGCAAGCGGGCUUUGGAAAAUACCCGUAUUUGGGUCCCCCCCCCCCAGAGAUUCUGAUUUAAUUUACCUGGAGAACAGCCUGGAGGGCAGUUUCUAACACUCCCCCAGGUGAUUCUAAAGUGCAGCAAAAUUUGAGAACCGCCGCUCUUGGGGAAGCAGAGUGGCUGGAGAGCUCUGACCCAGGGCAUUUUCCACCAGGCACUGCUUAUCCCCAGAUUGACUGGCCUCCUUUACCUAGAGCUGGGCCUCCUGGUCAUAGAACCACCAACCUCACCCAGACCCUUGAAUCUGACCUUCUCUGAAAGGGGUCCAGGCCAGACUCCCCAAAGGAUCCCUCACGACUAGGAAGAUAACGAUCUCUUUUGAAAUGAUGAAUUUAGGACCACUCUUCUAAUACUUGGCGACUUAAGCACAGACACAUUCGGAACCAGUCAGCCCGUGUUAGGCACGAAGCACUUUCUCGUUUGAUUUCUCAUCUCGGAUUGAUAACAACAUCGUGGAGAAGGCAUUGCUCUCCCGUCACAGGUGGGAGAAAGGUGACACCCAGCCCUGCUUUGUGACUCUGGCUGCAGAUGAACUUAUUUUAAUAAACAUCCAGUGUCUGCUGUGCAGUCUGUGGAGGGCUGUGUUCCAGAACAGCCCUGACACCUGAUGACAGCCAGAAUUUACUCUGAUUGGGUCAGCCCGUGCCAUGGUGGUUUGUAAACAUUGGCAUUUAGAAUCAAUGGACCCGUAUCAGGCACCAGGCACUCUGUCUUGUCAUUGCUGUUGCUAGAUCCACAACAAAGGUGAUUAAGAGGUGGCCCCGGUGCUUGAAGGCUCAGGCCUCGAGGGGGAAUUCAGCACCGAAGUCCUUCCAAUAGGAUGGUUGCGCGAAGAAGACGUACGCGUAAGCGGAGUGUGAGCCAGCCGCAAGAGGGACGCGUGUACUUCUAUGUGCAAACACCAAGCAAGGCUUGGGCAGAGCAAGAGGUAUUUGGACCUGCAUCCGGAAGGACGAGUAGGAGUCUCCCCGGCAGAGGAGGAGGAGUGGGCAUGUAAGUAUCCUUCAGAAGUUUACUUUGCCAACCUAUAUUGUGGGAUAAACCUGCUAAUCCAUGCAACCUUGGACGAUCCGCUGAGAAUAAGUAAAUUUCAUGACAUGAGCUGGUUGAGGAAGCCACAAUGAAAACCCACUACAUCACAACAUAGACUUGGUUCAUUAAUCUGGAGAGCCCGGGGACUGGAGGAGGGAGCUUGCGACAUCUGAGCCAGACCUGUGGCGGGCCGGCCUGCCCCCCAGCAGGCAGCUUGGCCCGAAUGCUGCUUAGUCAGGCUCCCAGGCAGAGCUGAGCUGCGGAUGUGCCCGGACCUGCCGCCACCAGGUGUCUGCGUCUGGGCUGGGAGGUGACGGCACAACUGUGACUCCUGCCUCCUGCUGUUUCCCAACAGUGUCCCCAGAAGAAUGUGGAGGACCCAGGCCAGGCCACCUCGGGAAGCCUGACAGAGCCGCAGUUCUCUGGCCGCGCUGCAAUGUCAAAAGACUUUGUCAGCGUGCGCCCGUGACCCUCACGCGGUCCUGCCCACACCCCCAGGGCUGGCUCCGCCCCCGAACCAGAGUGGGCUCGGGUCUGAAGCAGCUUCCGCGCCUGGCUCCUGUAAUAUGCAGUUUCCAGCAUUCAUUCCCAAACCUCCGUAGCUAAAGGGGUCUGCGCCUUUCGGAGCCAGAACCUGGCACCCUCUGUCCACCGGACAGCAACUUGCUUUUCCCGUUCAUCUCACGUCUUCUCCCCCCACCUGAGAUCGAGGAUGGGUUUUGUUUCCCCCCGCCCAAGGACUGACACCAGCAGCAAGGCUAUCGGCUGCACUCUCGACUGUAGCUGCCAGAGUUUCAAGCCGGGGAAGAUCAGCCACCGCCAGUGUGAGCAGUGCAGACACGGAUGGGUGGCCCACGCUCUAAGCAAGCUGAGGAUCCCUCCCGUGUAUCCCACGAGCCAGGUGGAGAUUGUCCAGUCCAAUGUGGUGUUUGACAUCAGCAGCCUCAUGCUGUACGGGACCCAGGCCAUCCCUGUUCGCCUGAAAAUCCUACUGGACCGGCUCUUCAGUGUGUUGAAGCAAGAUGAGGUUCUCCAGAUUCUCCAUGCCCUGGACUGGACCCUUCAGGAUUAUAUCCGUGGAUAUGUGCUACAGGAUGCGUCGGGAAAGGUGCUGGAUCACUGGAGCAUCAUGACCAGCGAGGAGGAGGUGGCCACCUUGCAGCAGUUCCUUCGUUUUGGGGAGACCAAGUCCAUCGUGGAGCUCAUGGCAAUUCAGGAGAAAGAAGAGCGGUCCGUCAUCAUCCCGCCGUCCACGGCGAACGUGGACAUCAGGGCCUUCAUCGAGAGCUGCAGCCACAGGGGUGCCGGCCUCCCCGCUCCUGUGGACAAGGGGAACCCCAGCAGCCUGCACCCCUUUGAGAACCUCAUCAACAACAUGACCUUCAUGCUGCCUUUCCAGUUCUUCAACCCUGUGCCUCCCACACUCGUAGGGUCCCUGCCCGAGCAGUACGUGCUGGAGCAGGGUCAGGACCAAAGUCAGGACCCCAAGCAGGACAUCCACGGACCCUUCCCCGGCAGUGGCUUUGUGACCUCCAGCUCCACACCAUUUCAGGUGGAAAGAGAGCAGUGUCUAAACUGCCCGGAUCCGGUGACGAAAAAGGAAGACAACGCUCAUCUGAGUGACUCCAGCCCGUACAACAUCGUCACGAAGCUCGAAAGGACACAGCUGUCCCCCGAGGCCAAAGCGAAGCCCGAGAGGACCAGCCUGGGCGCGAAGAAGGGCCGGGUGUUCUGCACGGCCUGUGAGAAGACCUUCUACGACAAGGGCACGCUCAAGAUCCACUACAACGCCGUCCACCUGAAGAUCAAGCACAAGUGCACCAUCGAGGGCUGUAACAUGGUCUUCAGCUCCCUCAGGAGCCGGAACCGCCACAGCGCCAACCCCAACCCCCGGCUGCACAUGCCCAUGAACAGGAACAACAGGGACAAAGACCUGCGCAGCAGCUUGAACCUGGCCGCCUCGGACGGCUGUGAACGCCCGGCCUUCACGGUGAGCUCUGCCGACCACAGGCCCCUGGCCGGCUUCGGUGCGGGGGAGGCUUCCGGGGGCCAGCCGGCCUUCCCCAGCCUUGGGCAAAACGGGGUGCUUUUCCCCAACCUAAAGACGGUCCAGCCGGUCCUGCCUUUCUACCGCAGCCCGGCCACUCCGGCCGAGCUGGCGAACACGCCCUGGGUGCUGCCUUCUCUGCCUCUCCUGUCCUCUUCCAUCCCGGAACAGCUGGUGUCGAACGAGGGGCCGCUUGACGCCCUUCCCAAGAAGAAAUCCCGGAAAUCCAGUAUGCCCAUCAAAAUCGAGAAGGAGACCGUGGGAAUCGCCAACGAGAAGAGGCAGGCGCUCAGCUCGGAUGAAGACGUGCCCCCGCGGGUGGCCCACGGGGACGAGCCGGAGGCCUGCAGUCCUCAGUCGGACAGAGCCCCCGGGGACCAGGACACGCAGUCAGGAGGAGAGACGGGCUGCCGCGGAGACUCGGGGCUGAAGGCCGGCGGAGCCAUCAGCAGAAGCCCCGAGCAGGCCCCGCAGCGCGCGGAGAGCGAGGCUAAGCAGGAGCCCGCGGUGCCGAGGGGGCCGGACGACGGCGGCCGUGAGCUUCACCUCACACCCGGGACGGAGCCCUGCGUGCCCUUUCCGGACUACAUCAGACUGCAGCAGCACCUGCUGGCCGGCGGGCUCUUGGGCGCUCUGUCCAGCAGAGGGAUGGCUUUUCCCUGUUUCGAAGAGUCUAAAGAGCCAGACGUCGCGGGUCAGCGUGCACUCAGCCGGCAGAAGGAAGAAAACCGCUUCCGGUGCGACGUCUGCAAGAAGACCUUUAAGAACGCCUGCGGCGUGAAAAUGCACCACAAGAACAUGCACGCCAGGGAAACCCACGUGUGCACAGUGGAAGGUUGUAACGCCACCUUCCCCUCGCGCAGGAGCAGAGACAGACACAGUUCAAACCUAAGUCUCCACCAAAAAGUGUUGAGCCAAGAGGCACUGGAGAGCACCGAAGACCAUUUCCAUGCAGCCUACCUUCUGAAAGAUGUGGCCAAGGAGACCUAUCGGGAUGUGGCUUUCACCCAGCAGGCCCCCCAGACAUCUGUCAUCUUCAAGGGAACGAGUCGGAUGAGCAGUCUGGUUUACCCCAUAACCCAAGUCCACAGUGCCGGCCUGGAGAACUACAGCUCUGGUCCGCCGAGCGAGGGCACCAUCUUGGAUUUGAGUACUACCUCGAGCAUGAAGUCUGAGAACAGCAGCCAUUCCUCUUGGGACUCAGACGGGGCGAGCGAGGAAGGCACCGUGCUCAUGGAGGACAGUGAUGAGGACUGUAACGGGCCGAGCCUUGUCCCCGGGGAAGAUGAGUACCCCAUCUGUGUCCUGAUGGAGAAGGCCGACCAGAGCCUUGCCAGCCUGCCUUCUGGGCUGCCCAUAACUUGUCACCUCUGCCAAAAGACGUACAGUAACAAAGGGACCUUCAGGGCUCACUACAAAACUGUGCAUCUCCGCCAGCUCCACAAAUGCAAAGUUCCGGGCUGCAACACCAUGUUCUCAUCUGUCCGCAGCCGGAACAGACACAGCCAGAAUCCCAACCUGCACAAGAGCCUGGCCGCCUCCCCGGGUCACCUGCAGUAACAAGAGGGCGGAGCAGGUGUGCGAGGACACGUGUGCGGAUCAGAAUUCAGGAAUAAGGUAGUCCAAAGAAACGUCUCUGGUUUUGUUUAACACCACUUGGGGCAAGCCAGGCAAAAAGGCUUUGAGUUGACUUCACCGUCUUGCGGCAGCAGGAUGCGCAAAAAACCAGCCUCGGAGGAAGUCAGCACUGGGGCCGCGCUAAGGCCCUGUUCUCUGUCGUGGCCCAAGAGGCUUUUCCCUGACCUGGCAAAAACUGGCAGAGACACCGUUUUCCCCACGUUUGUUUACACGUUCCCUGGGAGGGCUCCAGGUCUGCAGGUUGACAACAGGGGCCCAGGACCUGGGGGCAGCCUGAUGUCAGCCUUGCACGAGUGUUAAGGGUCAGCUGAGUGUCCCGGGGAAGCAGACUGCCGCCACGGGUGAGGAGCCAGUCCCAAAGUGCGCAUUUUUCAGUUCCUGCUUUAAUGAGUCUGCCAUCCAGACUCAAGAUUGGGGAAAAUGACUUUUUGAGACUAUGCCUCCGUUUGGAGUGGAGAAUUGCUUUUUUUUUUUUUUUUUCUUUUUCCCCUCCCCCUUCAGGGGUCUCACGGACCUCCAGUUCUUAGAGGAAGCAGAUGGGUUUCAACACAGAGGAAUGUGGAUGUCGUUCCCAAGGAUGUCCGUUCUUGCUGUGUCGUGUGCGUUCAGGAAGCUCGGGGGCAGGGGGUGGAUUUCAUGCACUUAAACAUCGCGGUCUUCAAUUUAAUUUAAAGUAAUUUUGAUAAUAUUUAACUUGUGUUUGUUACGUGAGUAGUCGGGGUGAGUGCAGACGCGUCACGGUGUGACCCCUGGGUCCCUGCUCCAGGGCAGAAGGAGUAUGUCGGCCUGAACUUCAAAGCCGCUGCCCGUGGUCUUGCGGUGAACCUCGGAGUCUGGUCCCUUCUGGUCCUCCGUGGAAGGAGUGCAGGCGUGACUGUGGCAGGACCCGUUGUAAAUACUCGGCCAGAGCGCUUAGAGAAUACGGUUCUGAUGGUUGUGGUGCAUUUUUGGUAUCACUGGGUCCCUCGGUCCUCACCCUUUUAUAAACGUGUAAGGUUAGGAUGAACUUUCCGAUUUACCCGGUAGGAGAAGAAUAGGGCGUUAACUGCCAUACUGUACGUCUUAAUAUUUAACUUAUUCUGAAAUGUGUUCCCCACCCUUGUACACAUGUGCUGUUGUAGAAAGGAAGCUUAAUCAGUUCCUAUGAAAAGAGACCAUCUCUUGAAAUUUGACAUUCACGGUACUCGGCAAGCCCGUGGCAGGGAAAGAAAUUGACUUCGUAUUAAGACUUCAGGUUAUGGGGCGCCUGGGUGGCGCAGUCGGCUAAGCGUCCGACUUCAGCCAGGUCACGAUCUCGCACUCCGUGAGUUCGAGCCCCGCGUCAGGCUCUGGGCUGAUGGCUCGGAGCCUGGAGCCUGUU